CUGAUGAAAUUGAAAAAGUCUUAACUGAUAUUGGUGUUGAUAAAUUUGGAGCUGUUAUAUCAGAUGCGGUUUCAGCUAUAAUGCUUGCCAAAGAAUAUGUUUCAAAUAAAUUUUUAGCAAUUUUAUCAGUUUGA